AUGAAAGUCAUAUCUUAUGAUUACAUCCCAACUCCAAAAUUUCUUUCAGGCAGUAUGAAAGAAAUGAUUGACAUAUCCUUAGAAAAAGAAAAACGUCGUAUUGAAGCCCUUAAGCUUUUAAAAGAAUCUACAGGGAUUUUGGGAUUAUAUAUCACGGGAGUAUGUGUCACUGGUAAGGGUAGUACGGAAAAUAUUACUAAUACAUUCACGGUGCUCGGUUCACUACUUGGUAUUGUUGAUACAAAAUUAUCAUUCUACGAACGAUAUACAAAUAGAAAAAUUGAAAAAAGUAUCCUCGAAUUUGCUGUUAAUGAUAUAAAUGCCGAGAUUAAAGCUAUUUCUAGCGGGGUUGGUCGAAUUAAAAACUAUAAUAAUGAUAACGAUCGGAAACUUGAAGUAACAGUUUUAAUUCAUUCCUGCGAAAAGGUUGGCGUCAUUGUCAUGUCAGCAUCUAAUAAUUAUAAUUAUGAAAGACAAAAAAUCAAAAAAGUAAUUGAAGAAUACAAAGUGAAUUCUAUAAAUGACCGAACCGAAAUGAUUAAAAUUAAGAAAUCAUCGAAAUGCAUUGGCUAUGAUAGUCGUAUGAUUAAAGAAGGUGUGAUGACCUAUAUGGCAUCCCUAAAGUUUUCCGAAACGUACAAGCAGAUAACAGAGAAUGAUUUCAUUCGUAAUGUGGAUGAGUUUAAGGAUGCACUUUAUAACGAGGAAAAGCCAGAUCGAGUAUAUAUUUGGGAUCGUGCAGUCUGGGAUAAAAAGCAAGGGUCUAAAAACAAUUAUAGUUAUAUUGACGUUGUACAAAUUGAAUAUAAAAAUUUUUUUGAUAAGUUUAUUAAUCAAAUUGAAUAA